AUGAGCUUAGAAGCCUCCCUACUCUCUAAGAAGAUUACUCUUUCUCCGAGAGUAAAUUCUGAUGAGAAGGAUUUCUUUUCGGAAGAUUAUGGAGAGGAAUUCGAAAAGCCAAUUAUUAUGCAAGAGGAGAUAUUAUUGGAUGGGAAUAAUAGUAAUUUUUUUGAUUUUAAACCAAAUCAAGAAGAGGAUCAAGUUCUAAUUCCAAAAUAUAAAAAAAACAGAAAUGCAAUACCAGGCAAAUCAAUUGAGUUACAAGGAGUAGAUAAUAGUAAACUAGUCAGGGGUAAGGAUACCAUUGAAAAAAUUAAACGAAAGCACAAUAUUGCAAAAAAUACUUCUCCCCUUAGGCCUAGAGUCACUUCUCAAACACCUGAUCCUAUUCCCCAACAAAAUUCAAUUGUACAUGUCCCAUUGAGUGAAUUUUCAGCAACACGGUUAGAAGUUCAUUUGCCACAGUCACUAAAUCAAAAAACUAAACCUGUCAAACAUCUUAUAAAUAACCAAGAAGAAAUGAUUAGUAUUGAGGUUGUUAAAGAUGUUUAUGCAUCCUAUAUGAGUGAAUCAAAUUACGAAAACGAUGAUGAAUAUGUUAUUAAUAUUACUAAGGACGAUAGUUCCACAGUUUCAAGUGGUAGUGAAGUUGGAGGUGACAACUUUGAAAUAAUCAAAAGCAAAGUGUCAAUCCAACCAGAUUAUUCGACUGUAAAAAUGGAAACAAAACAGAUUAUGGAGGAGGAAAUUAAAACUAUGAAAAAUAUGAAAAAAAAGGUACCCUCAAUUGCAACUCAACAAUUGGAUUUUUUUAAACGAAAGAGCAGAGAUCUUUUUACAGACAACUUUAAAGACUCAUCAUUCAAGAAAAAGAAUUAUUCCCAGGUAAAGAGCAAGGUAAAUUCAAUGUUAUAUACUUCUGACGAGGAAAACGAGGAUAUAGAUAUAGAAAGAAGAGAUGACUCCCAACUUUCAAUUAAACUGCCUUUUCUUGACAAGAAGAAAAAGAAGAGAAAGACAAAGACAGAUUUGACUCCAGAAAAAGUACCAAAACCAGAACUCACAACAACAUUCAGUGUUCAAUCAUUUUCAGAGUUUGAAGAAGUUGAUUUUUUCGAUGGAAACGAGGAUAUGGGAAUUGUUGACGAUGUCAUUAAAGCAGCAAGUGCUCGAGGGUGUUCCAAUCUCCCAAAAACAAAAAUCCCAAAAAAAUAUCACAUCAUUGAAACAACCCCAAUAGCUACAAGAGAUGAAUUAGACAAGAAUUCACAAUAUAAUAUCGAGAAAAAACUAUGGGAAACAACUUUAUUUCCCUCCAACAAACCAACAUCUAGAAUUGAGGUUGUUCAACUGGCUAGAACUUUUGAACAGAUGCUUUCUGAAUUGAAAGAAAAGAAGAAGGAUGAGGCAUCAGAAGUUAACGAGGAAAUAACGAUAUUGGAUGUGAUAGCAUCAGAAAUAUCAAGACAAAUAAGUGGACAAUGUGCUGAAAGAGGUAUUCUUCUGGAUAAACUCGUUUCGAGAUUCAAAAGAUUAACUUCAAAAUCAACAAAGAUAAGCAAAGAAGCUGCUAGUAAACUAGAAGAUAUACAAGCUAGAGAAAAGCAAGUUAAUUCUAUGGUUGAUUUUUAUACAGAUUUGGCUAAAUCGAAAGAAGACCAAUUAGCAAAGAAGGAAGAAGAAAUAAUAGAACUAUUGGAUCAAAUUGAGCGCCUUAAAUCACAACUAAGACAAACAAAAAAGGGAAUACAUGCAAUGACAAGUGAAUAUUUUCAAGAAAGAAUUCGACAAGAAAUGGUAUCCAAAAGUUUGCAGGUAACUCCAAGAGAAAACCCUAACUAUAUCAUGGAACCAAUUAAGAUACCAACACCAAGAAUAAUAGAAGAAGAACUGAAAGAAAGUCUUUCUCAUUCAAAUAUUGAAAAGAAAAAAAUUCAAACUGAAGAAAGAUCUGUAAAUACCCCAACAAUUGAGGGAAUCAGUUUGGAUAGCAUUAAGGAGAUUGAGAGAUUUAAUUCUCUAUUUGUUAAAACCCAAGUUGAAGAGGAUGAAGUAGAUAUUUUCCAAAGGCACAAACCUAAACCAAAACCAGAACCAAAACCACCUCAAGAAGUACUCAAAGCAAAAACAAAAGAAAAGGAAACUCAAACAGCCCCCGUUAUCAUGAAAAAACCAGAAGCUGAAAAACCCGUUCAUUCACCUCGUACUGUUUAUGAAACAAAGUACAAACAAGGAUCCAUUAGAGACAAAGCAGUGCAGGUAAUAACAGCAAUUAAACCACCUACACCUCCACCUCCACCUGUAGUUGUUGUUCAACCAAAACCUGUUCAAAUACUCCCUCCUCAACCUCCACCUGUUGUUGUUGCAAGUGUAUCAACCCAAACAUUCCUUGCAGGAGAGGUAAUUAAACCCUCUACAGAACGUCAGAAAUCUGAAUCUGAAAGAAAUCCAUCUCCAACAACUAUCAGAUCUGUUUCACCUGUUAUCUCCCAAAUGAGGUCAAGUUUGGACAAAAAUGAGGUUAUCAAGAAGAGAAUAGAUAGUAACGUAAAUUCGCAACCAGAAUCAAGAAAUAGUAAGAGAGAUAGCAUCGACUUUUUAAAGUACAAGAUGAAACUUGUAAAGCCAGAAGAUAUCUAUAGUCUUUUCAAGGAAAUCUUAAGCUCUGAUAAGAGUGUGAGAAAACAAACAUUGAGAUGGAUGAACAAGAUGAUUUUGGAUAUUUUUUUGGAAUUAUCAGCUAGUGAUUUUUUAUUCCAUAAUAAUGAGCUAGUUCUGAUUAGAAAAUUUGUUUAUGAUUUCUUCCUUCUAAAAUUUGGUUUACCCACAAUUGCUUUAAAUAAAAUGCUUAAAACUUAUUUCAAAAAACUCUACAUAGUACGAGAUAGAAUUGCAGGUCCAAACGAAUUUAUUACAAAGAAUGAAAAAAUAUCAAAGUCCAAUCUAUUAGAAGUUUAUCACCAAACAACAACUAUUUUCCAUGAAUUGAUUGAAAAACGAGUGAAAGAAGAAGAAAGAUUCAGAGUAUUACAAUCACACAAUAAUCUUUGGUCAACUUUGGAAAGACAAAACUUAGAGGAUGGCAUGAAUUCAUAUAGAAUGUUUGUCAUAGAUGCACUUUCCAAUAUGCACGAUGAAACCUUCAAAGUGUUUGCGAUUAUGAUUCAAAAACUUGUUCCUGUUGUUGGUAAAUAA